AUGGUGAAGAAUCUGCUUAAGCAAAUCGGUUUUGAAGAUGAGUUCGGUUUGAAGGUGGAUCAGCAAAGUGAGGAAGAGUUGAGUUUCAGCUCUGUAACUCUGGGAUUGGAGGAAUUUGCAGAUUUGGUUAAAUGUUUCGUUUCAGAUGCGAUGAAGGUUACAUUAUUCGGCUGGUGGCUCGUUAAAUCCCCAGAUAACCGUUUAUGCAUCUCUGGCAACGCUUCCAGAAAGGGAGAAGCCGUCCGCGUGUUUAAUUCUUCUCCUAUUGUCGAAAGAUACGAUGUGUAUUCCCUUAAGAAUGCCGAGGGUAUAUACAUUUUCAUUAGGGGUAUCAUCAAUGAGGAACGCACCCGCGAAAAAGGUUUUACUCCUGAGAUUUUCAAUAGUUUUUACCUUGGCUUUCCUCCAAACUGGGAAACUUGUUGGGUUUUACAUUGUAUCAGAGAUGAACAAGUAGAACCUGGUACUGAUUCAGUCAAUGCUGCUAUGGAUAAUGUAUCUCCAAUUUGUCAAGACAUUUUGUUUGACGAUGAGGAAGAAUCCAUUUCUGUUUUGUCGAAAUUGCCUGAAGAAGCCCCAGAAAAUAACCAGACACCAUUCCCUGGAGAUGAAUGCCAAGUGUCAAAGGAGACGAGUGGGGUAAAUGUUGUUUUAAAAAAUGGAUUCACUCCCUUUAAGGCUAUUAUUACAUAUAAUUUAAUUGCAAAGAAGGCUAUUAUUACAAAUAAGGCUAGUUACAAAAAGACUAUUAUUACAUAA